CAGGCGAGAUGAGAUUUUAAUCACCCCUGUCGCUUUAAGGACACUUAUCAAAGCUUUGCAUUAUGCGAGUAGAAAAAAUACGAUGAGCCACGAGCAACUGAGCUACCAAGGACAGGAUUCAAACGUGGAUUUAUAAACUUAUAUUGUCUAUACAUACGGCCUUAACGGGAUUGUUCAGUUGAUGGUUCGUUGUGCUCCUAAGUAGCCGUGCGGAGUAGCCUCUCAUUUAGAAAAUAUUGCGCAUAAGUAGAGAGACUUCCCUGCCCUCGUUGCCAUAUCGCGCAAAGGCUUACAGUGGAACUUGACAGAGGAAUAUGGUCAAAACUUACCAAUAGGAUCAUUCACAUUGAUCAUUUACGGGAUAUCUUACUCGGUAGGCACCUAUUGUCAAUAAGGAUUUUUUACGGAUACUGUCCAGGCUCCUUUUUUGACAGCGGAUCAUGGAUUGGGGGGUGGAAAACAACGGGCAGCGACAUGAUCUUUCAGCUCUGUCUGUGGUAUGCAGCUAGGCUAUAACAUUGUUUGUCCAAUGCAACAAAAGUUGCAAAGGAAGUGGAAUGCCUAAAUUGUAACUAUUUUUGCCGUUUUGCACCUGCUUAUAUAAAGAACGCGUCGACGUUAGGACAUUAUAGCGACAAAUACGACGAUUUGCAUCGCUUCGCCUGCAUGACAUAUUUGAACAUUUGUUUAUUGUAAGCUAUUCUUGAGGUUUACACUCAAGGUCAUUUUGCGAUUAUUUGUUUAUAUUUAUGUGUUAUUUAUACGAGUAGCUUCCCGUUGUAAUAGAUACAGUAGUCUAUAAUUUUGUUUGGUCGCACGAGAGAAACGUCUCUCUUUAGGUGGGCUCGAGUGAUUUUUACGGUGCAAUAUUUUUUAAAAUGGAUGGAAAACUGAAGCCCAGUCGGAGAUCCCGUUCCAAACGUGAGAGGAUACGGAGACGGGAGGCGGUGGGCAGAGAUGCCCGCAGUCCAAACCCUUCAUCUUGUUCAGAUAGAGAGCAAAGUCCUGGUAAGGAUGCCACCUCCCAGAACGCUAAAAAGGCUCAACACUCGACACCCGCUGCCAGAGCCUCUCGCCCCCCUCGACGAAAGAGACGAGAAUCCAGUUCUCAAGAAGAGGAUAUAAUUGAUGGAUUUGCCAUUACCAGUUUCAUCAGCUUGGACUGUCUAGAGAAGAAGACAGGAGCGUUGAAGAGCCCGGAGGUGAAGGAGCGCUGGGAGAAGCCUCUGGCGGUGGUGCCGGUGAAGCGGCCGAAGAAGGAGGAGGAGGAGGCGGCGGCGGCCGAGGAGGAGGCGGAGAACGUCAUGCCCUCCGACCCGCUGGAGAACGGCUUCCUCCGCCACGCCCAGCACGAGCAGGAGAGGAUGAACGAGCGGCUGCUGAAGAAGACCUACUCCAAGAGGAACAAGCAGCAUCGCCUGCCGCUGCUGGCUGCCUUCAUCCACUUCCUCAUGUUCGGUGAGGGGGCGGAGCUCUCAAGAGCAACACCCCGCCGUCGCCAGAUAAGGCUGAUUACAAAGCCUUAUCAGAUGCACAGAGAUAAUUAA